GCGAGCUUUCGAGCCCAGUCGCCAUCUUGUUCGGCCGAAACGAAGUGCGAAGCGUCUCCGGUACUUUCUCAACCCGAAGCCCGCCGCGUUUUCCGCCGGGAGUCCCCGUUCUGCCGAUACUCGUACGCAAUACCCUUUAUACAGGGUGUCGCGAGUUUUUAGUAACAACGACUCGUGUGUUCUUUUAAAACUCCGAUAAAAGCCAAGAUCUGGAAAAAAAAACAGUAACGUAAGAUGCGAUGAACUUUUUUUAACCUGUUAUUCAAGGGAAAAGUGCCGUUCAGUGAAAUAAAGUCGAAAUAGUUAUUCGCACCUUCCAGUGUAUCCCUCAGCCUGAAAAAGGAGGGUGAAGACAGAUCCCGCCUUCAAUUUGUGUUCGGAUAAUGAGCGACUAUUCCUCCGUAGCACCUCCGCAGAAUUUCAACAAGAGUCAGGCAUUUGCUGCCGCUUUACAACGUGCAAAACAGAUAGCUGCUAAAAUUAACCCGGGUGGUGGUGACGGCGGCACCAAGAGACCGUUGGAAGAUUGUGGCCCAGAGCCAGAAUCAAAGAAGUUGGCGUCAAGACUUGACUCAAGCCCUCCUCAGGGUAACCGUUCCUCUGGGCCUCUCCUCCCUCAGAUGGCACCCCCUGCAUUGGCACCACCUGGCUUAGGAGGUCCUGUUACCUCCGAAGACAUCAAAGUCCCAGAUAAAAUGGUCGGACUUAUUAUUGGCCGUGGAGGUGAACAGAUCACAAGGCUUCAAAGUGAAUCUGGAUGCAAGAUUCAGAUGGCACCAGAUUCUGGUGGAAUGCCAGAUAGACUUUGCACACUUACAGGAAAUGCUGCUGCCAUUGGGAGAGCAAAGGAACUUGUAAAUGCGAUUGUGAAUCAGAGGUACAAGACGGAAGGACCUGGUGGUGGCUCAGGUGCACAACGUGGACCGCCUAUGGAUGAAAUGGCACCACAGCGACAUCCUGGAGGAGGUGCCGGUGGUCCUUCUUUUGUUGAAGUGAUGAUACCAGGACCUAAAGUUGGACUUGUCAUCGGAAAAGGUGGUGAAACUAUUAAGAUGCUACAAGAGAAGUCGGGUGCCAAAAUGGUAGUCAUACAAGAAGGGCCAAACCAGGAGGUUGAGAAACCCCUCCGCAUAACUGGUGACCCUCUGAAGGUAGAACACGCUCGCACUCUUGUCUAUGAUCUGUUAGCGGAAAAAGAAAACCAGCAACAACAGAGAGGAGGCGGGGGGCCAGGGAGAGGUGGUGCCAACAGAGGUGGCUACAACGAGCGAGGUGGUCAACAGCGUUUCCAAAAUCGUGGUUCAGAUGAGUCACAAUUUGUGGUACCUGCCUCAAAAUGCGGUGUAAUAAUAGGACGAGGAGGUGAAACGAUUAAGCAAAUCAACCAAGCAACAGGUGCUCAUUGCGAGCUCGAUCGCCGUCCUAACAAUAAUCCAAAUGAGAAGGUUUUUGUCAUACGUGGUACUCCUGAGCAGAUUGAGGCUGCCAAACAAAUGAUUGGGGAGAAACUUGGUCAGUCUCUUGAGGAUACACGAGUGAGUGAUUGUUUUCAGGGUGGUCCUGGGGCUAAUGGAGGUCCUGCAUAUGGUGGCCCAGGAGGCCCUGGAAAUCCUCAAGGAGGAUACCCACAAUCGUGGGCUCCUCCAGGCCCUGCUUAUGCACAACCUUACCAUCAACAGCAUAUGGACCCUUCAGCAGGAAUGGGGGCAAUGGGAGGGCAAGGGCAAGCACAGCAGCCUGACUACUCACAACAAUGGAUUGAGUAUUACCGCAGCAUGGGAAUGCAUCAAGAAGCUGAUGAGAUCGAACUUCAAACAAAAGUGAAGCAAUCCGCUCAAGGGCCGCAGAACAAUUCAAUGCAGGGAACCGGAGGGUCUGCACCCGUUGCACCGAAUAACCCGAUUCCCGCACAGCAGAACAACGCAGCUCAGCCACUACAGAAUGGGCAACCCGAUUAUUCUGCACAGUGGGCGCAAUACUAUCGCAGUUUAGGGAAGAUAAAGGAGGCAGAACUGAUAGAACAACAGAUGAAAAACAAGCAGCAGGCAACAGGAGUUACGCAGAUGCCAGUUGGUGCUCAGUCAAACCCAAAUCCGCCUUCUUUCUCAUACCAGCAGCCUGGAGGGUAUCCAUACCAACCGGUCGCAUACCCUUACCAACCGACUGGUGGCUACCAGUACACGGGAGUUGCACAGCCUCAACAAAACCAGGAUCAAUGAAAAAAAGCACACAAAUAAAGGUGUCUUUGUUUCAAAACAAACAAACUAUAAUAACCUAAAAAACCCAUAAAAUCUAAAAACACAGACAUAAAGCUCAUUAAUGUCCUUAUUCGUCUGAUAUAUAAUAAUAUAAAAAAAGAGAGAUUACUGGAUGUGUCGGACGUUUUUAUUUUAUUUGUCGAGCUCUUGCUAUUUUUAAUUUUUUUAUAUUAUUAUAAGCGGAUCGGGAAACCCGAAAAAUAAGGAGAAGAUGGGCGAGCAUCCAGGUUGUUAUUCGCAAAAUAAACCGAAGGAUUGCGGAUAACGAAUAAAAACAUACAUAGUACAAAAAAAAAAAGGGUUUUUCCCGAGCUGGAGAAAAAGCCAAGUUUUCUUUUUUUUAUACUUUCUCUUUUUUUAUAUACGUCAUACUAAUAGUAAUAAAUAGCCUGUUUUUAUAGGAUGUUUAAAAAUCUAUAAUAAGUAAAUUUUUGGAAUCUUUAAUAUUUGAAAGAAACCAAAUAACUUAAAUAUUUGCUUAGAGUAAUAACAAUACGUAUAAUUAUUAUGAAUAUAAUUGUGAAACUGUG